AGGCUUUGGCGUGGGCACGACCUGGCUGGUUCGCUGUCGCCACCUCGAGCUCCAUGCGGGCCCGGAGGGGUCCUUCACGCAAAGCCACUGACAGGCGCCCUCCAAAGAAGCUGAAAUGUGAAAAGCGAAAUCGAGCAAAGUUGAAGAUACCCGAGGUGGAUGUUUGCGCCAGCAGCAGCGGCGGCGGCGGCAUCUUCUCAAAGGAGCCAGCGAACAAAAUAUCAGGAGCGAAUGAGUGCUCACCGAGCCCACCCGUCCUCAGGAUGAUGCUGCAAAGUGAAGGAGAAGGGAUUCCAGAGAUCAGUGCGGAAUCACUGGUUGACCAAGCUGAACUUGGUGCAGAAUCGUCUGUCCCUGGUGCAAAUGACUGCUCACCAAAGGCUGCCAAUGAGCCUCUCUUCCUGCCUGGUAUCCAAAACGAAGAGGGAGAAGAGGAGAACUGUGGAACUGGCUCCUCAGAUGACUCAGAAAUGGAACCUGAGGAGGCGCAGGACUGUUUCCUUGAGCUGGAUAACAGCGCAUUCCUGAAUGAGGACAGCAACCAGCCACUGCCAGUAGACCGCUUCUUUGGAAGCGUGGCAUUUAUGCAGUCCCCCCCCCCCCCCCGACCCCCCAAUACAAUCGCCAGUCCCACCAACAGGCGAGAAUUCCGAAAGCUACACUUCAUAGCCAAGGAUGACGAGGAGGAGGAUGAAGAUGAUGAUGUCGUUUGAGUGCCUGCCAAAGAUCUGCCUUCCCGUUCUGCUGCAAGGCCUCUUCUACGUGCCAGGCGUGCGAAGAACGAAACUUUGUGUGACUAGAUUUCCCUUUUUGAAGAAGGAAGCACGUUUCCUUCUGCAAAAAGGCACUGAUCCUUGUUUGGGUCUUGGGCGGAACAAGUUGCUUUACAGUAGAUUCUAAAGCACUUACGCCUGUACAUUCUCUUGCCUCUUCGUGGGCGAGAGGACACCAGCAGUUAGAGGAGGCGCGGGCUCCUCCUCCAUCAGUUUUUGUACCGUCCUGAUUUUUGGACUUGUCGCUUUUCUCCUUUUGCAUCAAUGCUGGACUUUUUGCAGUGUUACGCUUGAUACGCACAAUGCUUACGUUGCUUGGAAGUGUUUGUCGGGGUGCAGUGGGACAUCCCUGAUUUCUCGCUGGCUUCUGCUCUCUGAAGUCUGACCGGCAAAGGACACCUUGAGACCACUGGGGACCUCCCCCUACAUACGAACUCUGUGAGUUCACCCAGUCUGACUGUUGCGGCCCCUCUAUGGGGGGGGGGGAACCCACAGUCCGCUUUGCCUGUUCUUGAUUCUUCUUGUGCCAUGGUUACUUGGGCAGCUACUGCUGUGGGCUGGGGAAGCUUCGCGUGGAGUUAAUUAAAAAGAGA